AUGCCAGUUCUCAACAAUCGACGAGGAUCCAAAAUGCCUGGAAGGAUAGUUGGUCUGAGCAAGCGUGAUGCAACUACUCCUCUCCUGUCCAAUUUCAGGGACGGACCAAAACAAAAGGUGGCCAAGAAUGUUGACGAUCCUCCGGUUUCUAGCGAUGACGAGGACGAAGAUAGUACUCUUGGAACUGACAUUCCUACGAACGCAAUGAGUCAAAGCAAAUCGCCCGUCAAAGGCAGUCAAACCAGCAGGGCGCGAAAUAUGAAAACCUUGCUCUCUUUUGUUGACAGCUCGGAUAGUUCUGGGGAGGGAGAUGAACGAGCAGUGCGCGCGAGCAUCAAAAGCACCAGCUUUGGUACGCCGCGACAAACCCGAAGCAAGAGAAAGGAUUCCCCCAUCGAACAAGCAGAGAACUCGGAAGAUUUAGACAGCAAAAGACGCAAAACGGGUGUAGCUCCUCAGCGUACUCAACGCAAAGAACCUGGGAACACGCCGCCGACCAGCUCAGGAGAACAUUUGAAAGACAAACUAGGAUUUACAAAAACGAGGAAACCCAAAGCCACAUACAAGAAAAAAGGGCAGAGCUCACAGGAACAGCCAGUUUGGAAAGCUUCAGCAGAAAGCCGAGUAAUUUCUCGGUCGAUUACUUCCGCCGAAACAGGGAAGAAGAAAGAGCCGGCCAAGUUACAGGUGCCCUCUUUGUUGCAGAGCCCCGAAAGACCAAAAAUGGACAGACUUCGGUUGCCUUCAGGCUCUAUACCUUCAUCGCCUCCUAGCAAGCCUACAUUCAAGCUGUCGAACUCAACUAAAUCAUCACAAGAGUCUACUGGUAGCAGGCGGCAGAAAAAAUCGGAGAAGUUAAAAGUAAUAAAAAGGUCUCCAUCUCCGCCUCCUGCAGUUUUCAAAAUGCCCGUAUCAAUAUCAGACUUACAACUUCGAUCGCCGAGGAAAGGCAAAAUGGAAGAUCCAUUAACAGACGACUCUUCGGACAUGGAGAACCAAGAUGGACAGGCUGAAAAACCAAGAGCGGACGAUGGAAUCAAAAGUGUGGAAGCAGCAACGGUGUGUCCUUGGUGCGGAGAACCUGUCGAUAAGAAGUUGCUUGACGAUUUUGCCAACGGUAGACGUUUAAAUGUGCGGCUACAGAGCAAAUUUUGCCAGAAACACAAGAAAGAAACAGCUGAGGAACUCUGGCAGCAGAAGAGCUAUCCAGCAGUCCAGUGGGAUGGGCUGGAAGACCGAUUCGAAAAAUAUCAUAAAUUGUUGCUUGGUGUCAUAAACGGAGGAGCCUCGCACUUCCGUUCCAUUCAUGAAAAGAACAUUUUAUAUGGCAAAGCGAGGUCCAUGAAGAAAGAAGACAACAUGGUUCCAGGAUACUACGGACCACGCGGGUUCAACCUGAUGUGUGACUAUUUGGUUAACGAAUUUAGCGAGUUGCUGAAGGAGAAAGCAGUGGAUGACCGGGUCAUUGCUGGCCGUGGAUCCGCAGCCUUCAUUCAGACCGUGCUCGUGGCCGAGUUGGCAGUGCGCUUGAUUAUGGAAGACAUGGAGGUUGCUGAAGAGGAAGCCAGGGUUAUCCUGGACGAGAGCAAGGCUUUGGGUGAAAUGAUUCAUGGAGAGACAUGA